UUUCAUCGUUAUGUUGCAGGUUCAUAAUCCAGCAAAUGGUGAAGUUAUAGCCAAUGUCCCUCUCAUGAGCAAAAGGGAGACAGAUGAUGCUAUUACUUCAGCUUAUGAUGCUUUUAAGUCUUGGAGCAAGCUCACUGCAGCUGAUCGGAGUAAUCGCUUACGUAAAUGGUACGAGCUUCUAACUACCCACAAAGAAGAGAUUGGACAAUUGAUAACCUUAGAGCAAGGCAAACCAUUAAAGGAAUCAGUGGGUGAGAUAAACUACGGAGCCAGCUUUCUUGAAUUCUUUUCCGAGGAAGCAAAACGAGUAUACGGUGACAUAAUCUCACCAACUAUAGCUGAUCGUCGACUUUUUGUGUUGAAGCAGCCAGUUGGAGUUGUUGGUGUUAUUACCCCUUGGAACUUUCCGUUGGCUAUGAUUACACGGAAGGUUGCACCUGCUCUUGCAUGUGGUUGUACGGUGGUCAUAAAACCCUCUGAACUUACUCCCUUGACAGCUUUAGCAGCAGCUGAGCUCUCAUUGCAAGCUGGAAUUCCCCCAGGUGUAGUGAAUGUGGUUAUGGGAGAUGCUCCUGCUAUUGGGGAUGCUAUACUUGCAAGUACACAGGUUAGAAAAAUCACGUUUACUGGCUCAACAGCAGUUGGAAAAAAAUUGAUGGCUGGAGCUGCUGGGACUGUUAAAAAGGUGUCCUUAGAACUUGGGGGUAAUGCACCUCACAUAGUCUUUGAUGAUGCAGAUGUGGAUGUUGCAGUAAAAGGAGUUAUUGCAUCGAAGUUUCGGAAUAGUGGACAGACUUGUGUUUCUGCCAAUAGGAUCCUUGUUCAAGAAGGCAUAUACGAGAAAUUUUGUAAUGCUUUCUCAAAAGCUGCGCAAGAUCUGCAAGUUGGUGAUGGGUUUGGUGAAGGUGUUGCUCAGGGUCCUUUGAUUAAUGAAGCUGCCGUGCAGAAGGUUGAGAAAUUUCUUCAAGAUGCCAUCACAAAGGGAGCAAAAGUUGUUCUUGGUGGUAAAAGACACAGCCUUGGGAUGACAUUUUUUGAACCUACGGUCAUUGCUGACGUGAAUAGUGAUAUGCUUUUAUUCAGGGAGGAAGUAUUCGGUCCCGUGGCACCCUUACUGCCAUUCAGAACAGAGGAGGAAGCAAUUGGUCUCGCUAAUGACGCCAAUGCAGGAUUAGCUGCUUGCGUAUACACAAAUAAUAUUCAACGUUCAUGGAGAAUGACUGAAGCUCUUGAAUAUGGAAUGGUUGGUGUUAAUGAAAGCCUAAUUGCUACAGAGGUGGCUCCAUUUGGUGGCAUUAAACAGUCAGGCCUUGGUCGGGAAGGAUCCAAAUAUGGGAUGGACGAUUAUCUUGAGCUGAAAUACGUUUGUUUGGGGAACAUGGACGGCAACUGAUGAGCUGAGUGCUGCAAGUAGCGUUAAGCUACAAACAAUGGGCUUGGUCUUGGGCUUGUGUGAUCAAAUCAAAACCAGAUAGGCAGAGGCCUAUAAAGCCUAUUCAGUAGUAAGUUUCAUAGCGUUUUGAUGCUAUUCAUUGUGACCUUAUCUGUUUUCAUGCUUUCCUGAUCAAAUGUAGAGGAAAAAACAAACCAUCAGUCCACUUUUAAGACAGUUUAAGAAGCUUCUCAAAAUAGGUUUACGAU